AUGAAACAACAAAAAGAAACAAUUGAGGCUUGUUCGGUAUUAGCUCUUGGUCGCCCGAGCUCAAUGCCACAAAAUUAUUCUUCGUCAGAAGAUAUCCAAAGGAAAUACUUACCUUAUUACAACUCUGACUUGAGUUGUUCGCCUGCUUCAAUGAUAGAACCGUUCUCUCUAUCUACGGAGGGUAAUUACUGUUAUUAUCCUCCAUUAUUUUCGUUAGGGCCACCGACUUCCCAUACUUUGUCUCCGGAAUCUUCAUCUCCUGAAACUUGCUCUGAUCUAGACCUUGAUCUCACUGAUAGUUUCUCGGCGGACUCUCCUCCUUCUUAUUUUACAGAUCCUUCAUUUCCAAUUAAAAUGGAGAAUCUACAUCAAGGUUCAUUAAAUAAUGACCAUGAUUAUAAUGUUGCAAUGGCCAUGGCAAAAGAAAUGCCAAUUGGUCAUUUCUCUCCAUAUACUACACAAGGGCCAAUGAUUCCUCAUCCAUUGGAUUGCUUUUCUAUUCCAACGGGUGCCGAAUCACCUUUCGUCGGUGUUAUUCCAACUUCACAAGAAAAGAUUUCCAAUCUUUCCAAUUCGGCCACAGACCCAUUAUUCGAAAUGGAUGCGAAAUCUUUGUUCCAACGUGAAUUAUGUCUCGAUGCCAGAGACUAUUUUAGUGCCGACAUGGCCUCGGAAGCUGCACGUCGCAAAUCACUCGAUGACGCUAUCUUUCUCCGCAAGAUCGCCUCAACUCCAGUGAAAUCUGAAGUAGCCUUCCAACAGCACAAUCGCCGCAAAUCUUUACCUGGUAAUGAGUUGACUCAACGUCUUCAUAUUGAAACUUUGGGAACCACUACCAAACAGCAAAGAAAAUCUACAAAAUCGCUUGCCCCUUUUGCCUGUCCUCAUGAACAUUGCCCUAAGACCUUUACUCGGCAAUACAAUCUGAAGUCACAUCUUCGAACCCACACUGAUGAACGACCUUUCGUGUGUAACUAUCCUGGCUGCCCUCGAGCCUUUGCACGACAACAUGAUCUUAAACGUCAUCAGAAACUACAUCUUGGAUUAAAACCCCAUGUUUGUGGUAAUUGUGGUCGCGCUUUUGCGCGCUUGGAUGCACUGAAUCGUCAUUUAAGAAGUGAUAAUGCGACUCAAUGCGCUCAAGCAACACUGGCAAAUCCAACGGCUGGCAA